CAGCAAGGCCAGGGGGGAGCCCAAGGGCUUUCGGUGGUUUUCUGAGAGUGGAUUUGCGGCUUUGGUCCUGGAGAGGUGACAGGGUCUUUGCUCCGUGAGUCUGGGAGGGUCGGGUCCCUGCAGCCCGCGGUUCCGAUGCUGACGCUGAAGUUGUGAGUGGCGGUGGGAGGUGAUCCCUCCCUCCCCACAAAGCAGAUCCCUCGUGAGGACGAAAUCUAGAGGUGGAGGCGAAGGCAGAAAUGGCCAGUUGUCAGGGACAGCUGACCUUCAGGGAUGUGGCCAUAGAAUUCUCUGAGGAGGAGUGGGGACGCCUGACCCACACUCAGCGGCAACUGUACACGGAUGUGACGUUGGAGAACUAUGAACACCUCCUCUUCUUGGGUCUCCUUCUGUCAAAGCCAGACCUGAUUGUAUAUUUGGAGCAAGAGAAGCAGCUCUGGGAUGUGAAGAGAAAGGAGACGGGAGGCUUCCAUCCAGGUAGGUGGGAAUGAAUGAGGCAGAUGACAGAGGGGAGGUCCAAGUCUGAAGGAGGAAGGUAGACCUUAAGCAAUGGUUUGAGUAGCUCUCCUUGAA